CAUGUUAACAUACUCCAGCUCCCAGCUCUAGUUUUAUUUGUUGUUUUUAUCGCGAAAUGUUCAAAAAUAAAUGCAAUACCUGAAAGAGUAAACAGCAGUGAUAAAGCUUGAAAUGUGUCAGCUGGCUACAGCAGCACCGCUUCCAUAGAACUGUCAAGGCCAUGGAGCAUUGACUUGAGGCAGCUUCAGAGCAAGAGCCCAAAGCACAACAAAGCACAGCACAAACAGAGAUCUUCCCCUUGAGGCUUCUCCGUCAUGUUGGAGCCAACGCUGACGCCCGAGCUGGAGGAUGUGGAUGGCACGAGCCUGGUGGCGGCGGCCAUUGCCGGCCUCAGCAUAGACGAUGUGCCCGAUGUGCGCAAGCCGCACUUCCUGGACUACGACGCAGUGCCGCCGCCCGAUUACGAGGAUGGCUUCGGGGCGGCUGCCGGCGAGCAGCUGAAAAUGGACAAGAAGUACGAGCGCGAUGGAGAGAUCAGCGACUACGAGCUGGCCGCCAGCGGCUACACCAAGAAGGAGUUCACGCAGGACGACAACACCCUCAACUUCACACAGAACGGCGUCGGGGCAGUGGGUGUCGUGGGCAAGAAGCCGGGGGCAAAGCAUUUCCUGGACGAGAAUCCCAUUCCGCCCGACUACAUGCUGGCCCAGGAGCUGCGCGAGAUGCGGGAGCAUCGCAGUCUGGACAGGAACUUUGAGCGCAAGUCCGCCCAGCAGCAGCAGCUGGAGGAGCUGCCACAGCGGAACGGUGGCUCGCCGGCCAGCUCGGGACGAGCCUCGCGCAGCAAGGAGCCCUCCUAUACGCUGUCGCGCUUCCUCGAUGGCGACAAUCCAGCGCCGCCGCGUCUGCCGAAGGGAGCCGCCUGGACGACAAGCUUCGACGAGCGCUACGGCACGGCAGCAGCGGCAGCCGUGGAUGCCACACUGGGCUCCAAGGUGGAGUGCGUGUACUCGCUGCUCUCGAUGCUGGGCUCCAACGAUCCCCUGGAGAUGGCCAAGAAGUUUCUGGAGCUCUCCGGCAAUGGCCAGAGCUGUGCCACGCUGCGGCGCUCCGGCUGCAUGCCGCUGCUCGUCCAAAUGAUGCAUGCCCCCGACAACGAGCCGGAGGUGAGGAAAUGCGCCAGCCAGGCGCUGCACAAUGUAGUGCACACACAUCCGGACGAGAAGUCCGGCCGCAGGGAGGCCAAGGUGUUGCGCCUGCUCGACCAGAUCCUCGACUACUGCGCCUUCCUGAAGACGCUGCUCCAGAGCGGCGGCGAGGCCAUAGCCGACGACUCGGACAGGCAUCCGCUGGCCGCGAUCUCGUCCCUGAUGAAGAUCAGCUUCGACGAGGACCAUCGCCAUGCCAUGUGCGCCCUGGGGGCCCUGCAUGCCAUUCCGAAUCUGGUCCAUCUGGACCAUGCCGCCCAUGGGCCCAAGCCCGAGGAUCAGUGCUGCAAUUCGCUGCGUCGCUACGCCCUGAUGGCCCUCACCAAUCUCACGUUUGGGGAUGAGAACAACAAGGCGCUGCUCUGCGGUCAGAAGCAGUUCAUGGAGGCCCUGGUGGCCCAGCUGGACUCGGCGCCCGACGAUCUCCUCCAGGUGACGGCCAGUGUGCUGCGCAACCUCUCCUGGCGGGCGGACAGCAACAUGAAGGCGGUGCUCAACGAGAUUGGCACGGUGACGGCCCUGGCCCUGGCGGCCAUGCGCAACAAGAGCGAGAACACCCUGAAGGCCAUACUCUCGGCCCUCUGGAAUCUCUCCGCCCACUGCAGCACCAACAAGGCGGAGUUCUGUGCCGUGGGCGGUGCCCUGGCCUUCCUGGUGGGCAUGCUCAGCUACGAGGGACCCAGCAAGACCCUCAAGAUCAUCGAGAAUGCGGGCGGCAUACUCCGGAACGUCUCCAGCCACAUUGCCGUCUGCGAACCGUACCGGCAGGUGCUGCGCCAGCACAACUGUCUGGCCAUUCUCCUGCAGCAGCUUAAGUCCGAGAGCCUGACGGUCGUCAGCAACUCCUGCGGCACACUGUGGAAUCUGUCGGCCCGCUGUCCGGAGGACCAGAAGUUCCUGUGGGACAAUGGGGCAGUGCCGAUGCUGCGCUCCCUCAUCCACUCGAAGCAUGCCAUGAUCUCGGAGGGCAGCUCCUCGGCCCUCAAGAACCUGCUGAACUUUCGUCCGGCCGUGCAAAAUCAGCAUCAGCUGGAUCCCAUUGCCCGCUCCAUGGGCCUGAAGGCGCUGCCCACGCUGGAGGCACGCAAGGCCAAGGCCCUGCAGCAGGAGCUGGGCGAACGCCACUCGGAGACGUGCGACAACCUGGACUCGGGGGGCAAACGAGCCUCCAGUUCGUCGCGGCGUCACCCGGCCGUGCCCCGCCUAACCCGAUCCACAAUGCUGACGAAGAGCGAGAGCCGGGAUUCGGUUUACUCGGCCAAAUCGGACUCUGCCUACGAGCAUCUGAUGCGCUCCGCCUCGGCGUCGGAUGCCCAGCGCAAGGGGCAGCCGAAGCUAACGGACUUUGAGCUGGAAAUGGAGCAGGAUGCCGAGGCCACCGAGGAGCAGCCCAUCGACUACUCGGCCAAGUACAGCGAGAGCGCCACCAAGACCGGACUGGCCGGCACAUCGACAUAUCAGGAGACGGACCUCGACCAGCCCACAGACUUUAGUCUGCGCUACGCCGAGAAUCAGCUGGAAGCCGACAUCCUGGACAUAUCAGCGAAGAGCACAGCAACGAAGACGACAGCGAACGCGACUCCCGUGAAAGUGGAGGGUCAGGAGAUACUGCUCAUCCUGGACGAUAGUGUCAAGUGCUAUCAGACCGAGGACACGCCGUAUGUCAUCUCCAAUGCAGCCUCUGUCACGGAUCUGCGGCUGACUGCGGCCAAGACUGAAGUCGAAGCCGAAGCCGAAGUCGAAGUCGAUUCGGAGGUAAAGCCGGAAGCCAAGGCGGCCGCUGCCUCUGUCGCGCCCAAGAAACUACCAAAGCUAUCGCAGUGCAGUGGCUCCGGUUCGUAUACGCCGGAGAAGCCCAUCAACUACUGCGAGGAGGGUACACCGGGCUACUUCAGUCGCUACGAUUCCCUCAGCAGUCUGGACGAGUCGGGCAUCAAGGCCAUGCAGCUGGCAGCUGGUCCACUCGGUGCAGAGGCCAAAGCCAAGCCUGUGAAGCAGCUGCUGCCAGAGGUGAAGCCCUCCUCUGCCCUGGAGACGCCGCUAAUGUUCUCGCGCCGCAGCUCCAUGGAUUCGCUGGUGCACUAUCCCGAUGUGGAUGUGGCCAAUUGCGAUGACAAGAGUUCGGUGGUCAGUGAAUUCAGUCGGCUGGCGAGUGGCGUAAUCUCGCCAUCGGAGCUGCCCGACUCCCCCACCCAAAGCAUGCCGCAGUCGCCCAGGCGCAACAGUGUUAACCGACAGUCUCCAGGUCCCGCCGUGCCUGCCAGCAUGCGUCCCCUGCGCAGCGUCUUUGAGGACGAUCUGAGCAGCUUCAAUGUGGAGCACACACCGGCACAGUUCUCAACGGCCACCAGUUUGAGCAGCCUCAGCAUCGUGGACGAUGAAAAGGAGGCGGCGGCGGCACAGCAGGCGGCGGUGCACUACAACGAUGAUGAACUGCUGCUGGCCAACUGCAUCAACAUGGGCAUGCAAAGGAAGCCCACGGAGGCGGAGGCGGAAGCGGAGGAAACCACUCGCAGCUACUGCACCGAAGACACGCCCGCACUGCUCUCAAAGGUGGGCAGCCACACCAAUCUGUCGGCCAUCUCGGUGAACUCGUGCAACGAGCUAAAGGAUCCGGAUCCGCCCUCCUCGAAUACCUCGGACUGUGGCGGUGCCGCGGGGCAGCAUCUGCUGCAGCAAUGCAUACGCGAUGGCAUGCAGAAGCAGCAGUCCACGCCCGAAGAUCCCAUUGCGAUGAUGCGGCGUGGAGGAGGCAGCCUGCUGCCCGGCUAUCUGCCCUCCAGCGAUGAAAUGAGCAAAUACCUGGUAGAGGAUAGUCCCUGCAACUUUUCGGUGGUCUCCGGUCUCUCCAAUCUCACUGUGGGCUCCAGUCUGGUGGGUCCAGCGGUGCAGCUUAAGGAAUCAACUGUGGGCCCCAGCAUGGAACCCAAAGCACCUGUCGAGCAAUCUUCAGCCCGGCCGCCGCACUGGCAAGACGAUUCGCUGAGUUCCCUCUCCAUUGACUCUGAGGACGAUACCAAUUUGUUGAGUCAGGCUAUCGCCGCUGGCUGCAAUAGGCCCAAAUCGAAUCUGGGCUUCAGCUCGAAUGGCAAGCGCUCCAGUUCGUUGAGCUCCUCGCAGCCCAUGGCCAUCAAUGGGGCCACCUCGGCGUGCUCCUUGAACUCUGCAAUGACGGUGCGCAAGAAUCAGCAGGAGUCAUACAGCUCGGUGGACUCCAGCGACUCGAACGACAACCAAUCCAAGUCGCUGUUUGAGCUGUGCAUCCUCAAGGGCAUGUACAAGUCAAAGCAGACUCAGUCCCAAUCCCAGCAGCAGACGCAGCCCCAGCUGCCGCCUCCCCUGCCUGUGACAUCGAAUCACAAGCAGUUCGAUUCGCUGCCCAUGCAGCUGCCAUCGUCCGGUGGCCAGCAGCAGCAGCACCAGCUGACAAAGCGUCAGCGCAGCAGCCACCAUCAUCACAGCCAUAGCCACCAUAAUCACCACCAUCAUCGAGAGAGGGAGCGCGAGAGGAAGGACGAGAAACUGCUGCAGGAGUGCAUCAAUACGGGCAUCUCCAAGAAGAUCAACGCCGUGCCAAAAAACGUACUGGCUACGUCUGCAGCUGCAUUGGAACCGUGUCACCCAAUGGCAGCUACUACAUCAGCAAGUGCCCCCAGCACAGCAGCAGCUCCAGACGUAGAGCAGAAAGCGCACGCCAACAGCAGCAGCAACAACAACAGCAGCAGCAGCAACAACAACAGCAGCAGCAGCAGCAACAACAGCAGCUGCACUGCCAGCCCGAACAGCCUGCCACUGAGCAGUCAUAUCGGCGCCAUCGGCACAGGCAUCGACACAGCAAAAAGCCCAGCAGCAGCUCCAGGUCGAGAGAACGGGAACGCUCUCGCGACAGGUAUUGGGUCUAAGCUGGAGCUAGACUCGGAUCGAUCCAGCGAUGAGUCGAACCAGUCCUUCAUCAUGGACACCAUGGUACGGCUGGACAGUGCGCCACCCAGUGCCAGCUGCAGCUCGGGCUCGGCCACGGCCAAUGAGAAGCACAAGGAUCCCGAUCUGAUGCUCAAAUCCGUGGAGCGGCUCACCCUGGAGUUUGUCACAUCCGCGGAGCAGCUGAGGAGCAACAGUCAGAGCCACAGCAAGAAUCACAACCACACGAAUACCAACAGUCACAACACCUGGAACGAGAACACCUGUCCCAAUGAUGUGUCCUUUCCCAGUGUCAGCCAAACGGCACCAGUACUCCAGGCCUCGCUGAGCUUCGAUGGUGACGUGGAUGUGGAUGGGGAUGUGGAUGAUGAUGCCACAGAGGCCAAGUCUUUGGUUAACGAAAUGGCAGAGAUCACGCCCACCAGCGAGGAGCAGCCAUCGCAGCCGGCAUCCCUGGAAACGGAGACGGAAACGCAAACCCUAAUGAACGGAACUCACUCGGACAGCUCCUCGGGCGGCGGACUGAACUUUCAGCUGGGUGGACAGGUGCAGAAUGCAGGCGUGCCGUCGCGGAGUCUGCUGUUCAAUGGCACCAGCUCUUCCAUGAUGACCAACUCCACGAUAAUUGCAUUUGAGGCGCGUGCCGUGGCCGAGAAUCUGCUGCAGAAUCUCCAAAAUGCAGACGAGGACAACACCGAGCAGACGUUCAGCAUCAACAGCCUGGAUCUGGACAAUGUGCGGCCGCCCUCGGGCAUGGAAUCGCUGAACAGCUGCUAUCAGGAUCACUCACAACCCAGCUCCCUGCGGCUGCAGUUGCCCAGCAAAUCGCCGAGAUUCGCACGCAAGGUAUUCCCCGCCAAUCUGGUGGCCCGGCGGGCCCUUGGCCAUCUGGCUGGCAGCGCGGAGAGCGUGAACUCCAGCUGCAAUCUGCUGGACAACAUCAAGCCGCCGUCGCUGAUGGACGAGCUGCUCGACUCGAUGAUCAGCGUGGACAGCAUCCAGUCGGAGGUGGCCGAUGGCGAGCAGGACUGCAGCAUGGCCACCACCAUUUCGGUGUCGAACUACGAGACGGCCGCCUGCGAUGACCAGUCGUUCACAGUGCUCCAGAGCUGCUUCGACGAUGAGGAGGAUGGCGAUGAAGAUGCCACCAUGAAUGACUUUAGCUCAGCCGAGUCAACGCCCAAGCAGGGAUCCACGCCCUCCCCCAAUCGCCGCUCGCUGACACCCAAACAGAAGCGGCGGCUGGCCAAGGAUCGCUUCAAGACCUACACCAUUGUCAGCAAGAGCCAAGAGCUGGAGGGCACGGAAUUCAACGAGACGCUGCAGAUUGAAAUUGUGGAGACGACGGUGGCCAAUGUGGCCGCCACGCCAUCGCCACCGCGCGCUAAUGGCCGGCGGAGAGGCAGUGCCGAGCGGUACAAGACCCAACUGAUUGAGUGUCCCCUGGCGCUCAUCCAGGGACAGGGGCAGGCCAUGGCAGACGAUUGUCCCAGCGAACAGUUGUCCUCCAUUCGCGCCAUGAUGCAGCAGUUCACCUACAUCACGGACAUCAACAUUGGCCACGACCACGAGGAGGGAGGAACGGAGGAGCACCAGGGGGAUCAUCCGGAAUGCGAUCAGAACUCGGAGACAGAGUCGUGUCAUGGCCAGGAGCCAGAGUUGCCGCCUCCGCCGUCAGUGCUGGAUAUCAAAUCCCCCGUUGCCGUGCAGCCCCCAACCCUGGAGCCGGCCACAGCCGUUAAGGUGGUGAGGGGACGCAAGAAGCCCGCCUACGUGUCGCCCUACAGCAUGCAGAGUCAGCGGAACAGCAGCAGCAGUGCCGCCAAUCCCAAGAAGAAGACCCUCUCCCCCACCAUUGCCAAGCGGACUGGGCUGCCGCUCAAAAAGAAGACCACACCGCCGCCAGUCUCGACUCCAGCAGCAGCAGCAGCAGCACCGGCACGUCUGGAACGCCAGGGAACCUUUGUGAAGGACGAGCCCACAAAUAGCAACGUCGAGGUGCCCGUCGUGGAGGCAAAGCCGGCCAACACCAGUCCCAGCCAUCGCGUGUCCAAGCUGCCCACAAAAAAGGCCACUGGAGGCGACACUCCAAAGUCAAUCGCCGGAUCUCCGAAGCGCACUGCGGCAGCUUCUGCUGCGCGACGGGUGACGCCACAGCGUGCCAAUACCAGCCUCCGUCUGGCCGGAACAAAGUCAGCGGGCACCUCGCGCGUGGCCCCCACCCGCGUGUCCACCACCACACCGCCCUCCCGCAGCAAUUCCAAUCUGAACGGAAGCAGUGCAGCCGCUGCGGCGGCGGCCAAGAUCAAUCAGGCACAAAGUCGCAUUGCCAACAUCUGGAAGCGCGUGGACGAAGCCAAAACGAAGCAAUCGUCCAAUCUGAGGACACAGCAAACGAAAUCUUCCAAUACGCUCAACGGAGCGGGUACGGGUGCGGGAACGGGAGCGGGAGCGGGUACAGGAGCUCCCAAGCCGAAGCCCACUCUGCUGCGCAGCUCCACAUUUGAUAACACGCCCGAACCGGCGGUAGGUGGCAGCGUCAAGUCCAAGCUGCCCGUUGUGGGUGCACGUAAAUAGAUUCCCAGAUCCAUUUUUUUGUAUAUUUCUCGCAUUUUGAGGAACGGAAAACGCACAAGCAGAACGAGCACGAGAAGCAGCGCUAGAGUCAGAGUAAAAAUCAAAGAGUUUAUAGGAUAGAAGAAGGCAAUAUACAUAUACGAUACAUACAUACGAUAUCCACUAUAUAGUACUACAUACAUAUAUACAUAUUUCUCCUUCUACUUGAUAUAUACAUAUAUAUAUAUAUAUAAAUCCCAUGUACUUUGUAAGCAACCAGUCUAGCAUAGCGAUAGCGCAAAAACUCCUAGUGACUCGAACUAAUCCAAAAUCACAGUCCGAGCUCCCACCACCCUGUAAGAGCAGGGGAGGGGGGGACUCGUGUGUGUGUAGCCAAAUGUACUAGAUCUUCAGGCCUUUCAAAAUGUGUACAACUCUCCCCUAUAUACAAUAUAUAUACGAAUGCAUAUGUAAUUGCUAUAUACUCGGUAGAAAAUGUUCUUCAGAGAGAGAGAGGUUUAAUUCGAUUUAGUUUUUACAUUUAGUUAGAGAGACGAGAGCGAGAGAGAGCUCUCACUCCCCCCAAGAGACGGCAUCGUAUGCGUAAAUAUUUUACGAUGCUUGUCCCAUCUGGGGAACUCUUUUUUUUAUUAUUAUUAUUGUGCAAGAAAACCAAAAAAUAUUUGAAAUACCCGAUUUUGUAGUCACUGCUUUUUAAGUAAUCCUCUUUUUAAAUAGACAGGCCUCUACGGCGUUGAGUUGAUCUUUUAGCAAUAUGGGCAUUAUUAAGUAUCAGAACAGGCCAAGCAGCUUUUGUAUUAACUAUUCUGUUAUUUUCGAUUCAAGGCGAUUAACAAUUUGAAUAUUAAAUAAAACGGAAUGCUUUUCAGCAAAAAAACAAACAAGG